AUGGCAGCUCUGUCGAACCACAGCAUUGCCGACUCGAUAAUAUCCCAAAAACCCACAACCACGAACAACAUUUCGUCGGCGUCCCGCAGCGAAAGCAGCCAUCACCGGCAGCACACCAUCUCGUCGGCAGCCACCCCGCGGUCUUCGGUCGACCACCGUCCCACGGAUCAGCUCCUCCACCUCGGCCACGCCUCCCGUCGCUCGCACCACGCCGCGUCUGCGUCCACGAGCUCUCUGCCCCGAAUCGCCUCCCAGCGCUCCUCCGGCGGCAUACUCUCACGCGCCAAGGACCGUACCCAGAGUGCAUUCGCCAGCAUCUCUGAGCCGGUCCUCCGCCCCCGCCCGUCGAACCCGGGUCUUGCCAGGUUCACCCACGGCGAAUCGCUCGCUCCCGCAAACAGAGGCCCUGCCGCUGCCACCACUGCUUCGCCGCCUUCCAAGAACCCCUCCUCCGACUCCCUCUCCUCCGGCGAGUACACCGUGGCCGGCCGUAACCCGCCCUCGCAGGCCUACGUCAACACCGACGCCUCUCACCCCCUCCCAAUCAGACAGACUCGCGGCGAGCCCAAGAUGCACCAAACUUCUUCGCGCUUGCUGCGCAUGACCGAUGACGAUCGGCCUUACACAAGGGACUUCAAGGACCUCUUCUCUACCUUGGUCGUCAGCCUCCUUCCCCUCUCUGCUCACCGAGUACGACUAAGCAAGGUUGAAUACACCUUCCUUUCCGAGGAUGCCAUCAACAACCUUGGCUCCCUGAAAUUCUCACAGUCCAACCGCAUGCCCGAUCCCAAGGACGCUUCACGGAUCGUCACCACCACCACAACCACCACAUUUUCCAUGGCCAAGGACAUGGCCCGAUCCAUCUGCCAGCGAUUUGUCGAGGCGCGCUUCAUCGAGUCCGCCGAUGGCAAGUAUCAGCAGGUAUACAGCAUGAAGGGCGGUGUAUGGCAGCUGACCUCCAAGGGCAUCGCCAUUCUCGACAGGUUCUGCUCCAGAAAUGGCAUUCAGCAAAAACAGGUCACCGAGCUGUCCAACACGAGCAACACUCAAUUGGUUAUUCUCGAGCGCGACCUGCAAACCGACAAGCUCAUCAACGACUGGGGCACCAUUGAGGUCAUCUUCCGCAGGUUCAUGGGCGCCGAGGGCCGCAACGUCAAGUCGAGCGUCACGGCCGCCGACUCGGACUCGCUGCACGACUACAAGGACGGUCUCACUGGUGUCAAGAUGGCUGCUGAGCGCAAGAUCAACGGCAGGACCUUCCACAACACCUUCACCGGCCGCGCCGCUACCGACUGGCUGAUGGACUGUUCCACCAUUAUCGACCGGCGUGAAACGGCCGAGGUUGCCGGCCUGUUUGUCGAAUACGGCCUUGUUGAAGCACUCUCCCAAGACCGCGCCUACCUCUCCCAGAACCCAGGUUCCGCCGCUUUCCAACCCACCAAGCACGCCAUCUACCAGGUGACGCAACGAGGCAAGGACAUUCUCUCCGGCAGCGGCUCCCGAGGCCGUGCGUCCGAGAGCGAGGCUGGCACCGGGUCGCAGCGCAACGGCAUCACCCGAGACUCCAACACGCAACGCCUGGACAAGAUCCUCAACGACCCCGCCCUGCGUCUGUUGUUCCGCGAGAACCUGCGCGACACUCACUGUGAGGAGAACCUGUCCUUUUACAAGGACGUGGAUGAGUUUGUAGCCACCUGCAAGAUUGGCAUCCGCGCCGCCAAGAAGUCGCCCAACGCCAACUCGAUGGAUAGCAUCAAGGAGAUUAUGGCGCAAGCGUACGGCAUCUACAACGCUUUUCUGGCACCCGGGUCGCCCUGCGAGCUCAACAUAGACCACCAGCUUCGCAACAACCUCGCGACGCGCAUGACCAAGGCCGUGGGCCAGGAUGUCGCCAUGAUCGAGACGCUCGAGGAGGUGACGGCGCUUUUUGAGGAUGCUCAGAAUGCCGUCUUCAAGCUCAUGGCCAGUGACUCGGUGCCCAAGUUUCUGCGAAAUGCCAAGUACGAGCAGCAACUGAGGAAUUUCGAUGCCGACCUUGGCCGCGGGCCCGAGCGGAGCCAGAGCCGGUCGAAUCGGGACUAA